UGCUGCCCUUAAUUUCUUCAACGGAAAACCACCACCUUUUUCGGUCACCGGUGCCGGAGAUGUCGGUGUUGGAAAGACCUAUGGCUUGCAUCAGGUGGCGGCGAGACCACGGCCACUUCUACAACGGUGAGGGCCUAUCGUCGGUGACAACUCAGGCGAGUCGGGUCGAGGACUUCCAAGAUCUAGUAGCCUCUCCAGCACCGUCUCGACUGACCAAGUCUGAGACGCCCACGACCAAUCUACCACUAAAGGCGAAUUCUGCGGCGGAGGGAGAGAAUCAGAAGAAGAGAAAAGCAAAUAACGAGACGAAAUCGAAGGCGGGAAAAUUUGAAGAGAAGAGAAUCAAAGCCAUUGGGGAAGAAGAUGGAGAAUCAAAGAUCACUAGAACAGAGGAAACAGAGACAUGGAAGCAGAAUUCAAAAGCAUCUGAAGAAGUUAAAAAAUCAGAAUACAUUCACGUUCGAGCACGUCGAGGCCAAGCCACGGACAGCCAUAGCCUGGCAGAAAGAGCGAGGAGAGAGAAGAUUAGUGAGAGGAUGAAAUGUCUGCAGAAUUUGGUGCCUGGGUGUGACAGAAUCGCUGGAAAAGCUGGAAUGCUCGACGAGAUUAUAAAUUAUGUUCAAUCUCUUCAGCAGCAAGUGGAGUUCUUAUCAAUGAAGUUGGCUGCUCUGAAUCCCACACUCGAGUUCAUCAAUGUCGACCACCAAUUUGCCAAACAGGUGCUUCCGACGGCGGAAAUCUCGCCGGAAACGGCUAAUUCAUCAUCGUACUAUGACCAACUCGGAAUCUGCUCAAGCUCUGUAACAAUCCCACAAACUCCAUUAAUGAACUCAGAUUCUUUUGGCCGUUUGGAGCUCUCUUCAACUUGGGGAGACGAUUUACAGAGCCUUCACAGCAUGGCCUUUGAACAAGCCUGGCCGCCAUUGUUAUCGCCUCCGAGCUUCCAAUUGCCGCAAUAAAUUCAGGCAACGAAGAUGAAAAAAGAUAACUUUUCGUAGACAAGAAAGUUGGUUUUAAUUAAUUUCCAAUUUAACGUUAGAAUUAGUUGCAGACAUUCGAAUCCAACAGAUUUUCAACACGAACUCAAUAAAAUAAAAUAAAAUAAUUUGUUGGUUUA